GCCCUGGCGUGCUCCUUGCGGCCACGGGAGCGUGUGCUGACAACAAUCGCUGGAGAUUUUAACUUCGUGGAGUCGGGGCCCGACCGGGUCGCGAAGGCUACUGGGCGCCCCACAGGCGACCACGACAGGGUCGAAGCCAGACAGUUCCAGGCCAUUCUCCGGCAGGGCCAGCACUUCCACGAGCUGGAGCAGGAAGCCUUCACCCACGCCAACGGUCUUGCCCGGUCACGCUUGGACAGAGUAUAUGUCAAUCGGGAGCUCCACGAGCAGCUGGAUCGACACAUGGAGUGUUUCGCGCUGCCGUACACGGGCUGCUCGGACCACAAGGCCGUGAGCUUUGCGCGGCGGUCUGGCGACCGGUCCCCGCUGAAGGCAAGUUUUGUCGGGCCUGCUGUGUUCAAGCACCCGGACUUCAAGCGGCAGGUUGUGUUAGAGUACGCCCGCAUUCUGGCACACGACGUGCUUCCUGCCACGGCGCCGAGGCAGUUGCUUCUACUCAAAAGAGCCAUACAGGCAGUGUCGCGGAAUCUUGAGCACAGCAUUCAGGAGGAUUGCGCCCGAACCGCUUUGGACAAGGUUGAGUGGAUCAUGGCUUUCAUCCGUGCGUGCGAGAGACAAAACCUCCGGCGCAUGCGGCACUGCGCUGUGGCGUGUCCCUUGAUUCUGCAGCACUGCGACCCGCGCAAUCCGGAGGCCCGGCUGACUUCUGGAUUCCAGGAGCUCAAACAGUUGGUGGUUUCAUUAUCUAGAGAAGACAUCACGGAUGAAAUGGAGCAGCUGCGACAGGAGGAAAACCCUGAGGGGCGCGCUCGGCAGAAGGCGAGUGUGCUGCAAAAACUCCGACGUCUUCUGCCCGGCACAACCACGACGUUGGCAGCAGUGCAACAGGAAGACGGCUCCGUCACAGCCGACCCCGCGGAAAUGGCGGCGGCGCUCUGCCGGCACUGGCGAGGGGUCUUCAGCAGCAAGCCGAUUGACGGGGACCUCCUGGAAAGAUGGCUGACCUCGCUCCCGCUGCCAACGGAGGCCCGCGACGACGGCACACAGGGAGGCUCUGCCCCAGACCUCCCCUUGCAACGGCGACGUGCGCCCCGCGGUCGGCUCUCCCGCCGGUGCUGCGAUUGGUCUGUUGGUAUUUCGGACAUUCUGUCUGCGAUCAAACUGUCCAACAACUCGUCGCCUGGCCCGGAUGGCAUCCCUUUCGGCGCCUGGCGCGCCAUAGGGAGACUCGGUGCCGAAGUGUUGCUGGGCGUGUCGAAACUCAUUGAAUCCGGCUGCGCCGAAGCCGCUUUCAACGAGGCCUACUCAGACGAAGCCGGCAGCGACGAGCACAACUUCAACCUUUCGACGCUAGUCUGUCUGCCAAAGGAGGCUGUUGGGGAGGACCCUGAUCUGGGCGCAUAUUACACGGGUGCUGCCACGCGCCCUCUUUCGAUCGUCAACAGCGACAACCGCCUCCUGACCAGCGCAAUGAGGAUCAAGUGGGAAAAGCAGCUGAAGGGAUUCAUCCGCGUCCGCCAGCAAGGAUUUUUGAAGCACCGUUCAAUUCUGCGCAAUCUGCUCGAGGUGGACACCGCAAUGCUUCUCACUGGUCUGGAGGGGGACGAGGGCGCGGCAGUGUUUCUGGACUUCGAGGCGGCGUUCCCCUCCAUUGCCCACGACUACACCAAUCGGGUAUUGCGCUGGGCGGGGAUCCCGGAGAACGCGCUUAACGCCUUCUUGUUCUUUUACACGCAGAGCCGUUGUGUCCGGUCGCUCAAGGAAGGCUGCCCGCUGUCGCCGCUGGUGUACGCGCUGGUGGCGGAGGUGCUUCUGGACAAACUCGAGUUGGAUAUCAGCGACAUCCUGGUGCGCGCAUACGCGGACGACACGGUCUUAAUCGUGAAGCACUUUCUGCAAUCACUCCCAGGUUUGGAGCGCUUCUUCGUGGAAUUUGGCGCCAUAUCUGGUCUGCGACUCAAUAUGCGAAAGUCAGUCGUGGUUCCGCUCACGCGGGCGCCGCUGGAGCAGGCUACGGCGUCCUUUCUGGAGCGCGCCGCCGCCUGGAAAGACAUGUCAGUUCAACAGUCGGCGAAGUAUUUGGGAUUCGUGUUGGGCCCAGGCAAGGGUAACAAGACUUGGCACAAGCCCCUGGCCAAGUUUCACAAGCGCGUUCACAUGUGGCGAGAUGCCCCGCUGGGUCUACACUGGCAGGCGCGGGUGUUCAACAAUUUCAUCCUGCCUACGCCCUUAUAUGUGGCCCAGUUGGAAUGGCCAGACUCUUUCGUGCUGGAGGAGGUGCAAGGAUGCCGGGUAACAGCUGCGCCGUCGGCGCUUUUCCGGCUGGCCUCCGGCCCCGCUGCCUGGGCCUCCCCGACGGACCUCUGGCUCUUGCGGGACGCCUUCGGCGGUGCCGCGUCUUUCCACAACCUGGCAUGGAUGGCCGCGUCUUCUCAGAUGAGGGCCCUGCAUUGCGACAGAGGCAUCGACGGCCAGCGGCAGUUCAGGGCGGACUGCGCCCAACUGCGCCAGGCAUGGGCAAACGCGGACGCCGUGGGAUGGAUCGAUUGGUAUUCUCGCAGCUUUCUGCUCCGACUCCAGGACACAGACGAUGACCUGCAAGCUCGUUUUGGCGAGGUGGACGAGGUCCGGGCGGCCCGGCGGGCUUCCCCCGCGUCUCCCGCGGAGGACGCGUGGUGGCGCAAGCAGUUCCAGGCCACCUACUACGACUGCCACGUGGCUCACAGCCUGGGCGACCCGGAAGGCCGCUUCCGAGAAAAACUUGCAGUCUGGCACCGGGGGGGCGCCGGCUUGCAUGGGCGGAUGCCAGGGGGCGCCCACCAACAGACGCCGCGAGUCCAGGCCACCAGAGGUCAUUCUAACCUCUUGGCCCUGCGCCCGCUCGCCCCACCGAGAGUCCACUGCGCGACCUGGGGGUGCAUCUGGAACCGCUGGACCACGGCUGCGCGGUACCAGCGCCGCCACCAGAGCCGGUGCUUGCUCUGCGCGGUGGAGGGAAGUGAAGACGGCACUAGGCACCACAGCCGAUGCCGCGUGGCGCGGAGGCUCAUGAGGACCAGACUUCGCCUCGACCCGCAAACCUUCUCCGGCAUGCAUGCGUGGGUGCUUUGCACGCCAGCAUUGGAGACCGAGGAGGACCUGGCCUGCGUGGCCCUGUGCAUCUUCGCCGUCUACUCGGUCACGAACGCCCUGCGACAUGCCACUGGCGGGGCCCUCCAGACAGAGGAGGACAGAUUCCAGGCGCUGUCACAGGCCGUCAAGGAGGGCGUCAAGGGCCACCCGCGCGCGGCCGCGAUCCUUCGGCAGCGAUGGGCAACAGAGGCCCCGCGGACUGCCAUCCGGCCUGGACAGGUCGGCGCGGCGCGCGUCCGCCGUCUCCGCCAAUGGCUGCAGGACCGCCAGAGACGCCGGGUCGCGGUGCAAUUGUCUGUCCCAGAGUUCCCGGCACGAGCCCCGAUCAAUAAUUUCAGGCUUGAUCCCUUGGUACGGGCGACUCCAGUGUACCUGCGGGAGCUGGAGGUGCUUGUAUAG